CAUUUCACCAUCAAAUCGUACGUCAAUCACAAUUACCUCCAAUCAUUUCACCAUCAAUUCAGUGAUAUGAAAAGUCUGAAAUGGAUCAACCACCAGUGUCUGCGACACCCUCAGUGACGGCAAACAUUCCGGGUUUGACCAUCGUAAUUAUUCUUCUCGUGCCGUGCCUACUGCUAGUGCUGCUACUCAACUGCCUGCUGCUUGGGCACAAGUUGCUGCUUUUAGCAGGAGGCAAGACUCGGGUGCGCUCAAGCUCGCAGUGCUCACUGCUCCAAUCCACGCGUCAAAGAGUUUCCCACUUCUCAGAUGGACCGUCAUUCUCGUACCCCAAUGGGAGGACUUAUGGCCCUGUGUCCAGGCCGCUCCUGGUCGUGCCCAAUACAUCGUCGCUCACCUCAUCACAAGAGCGCGUGGCCGGUUGUCUGCGCUAUACGCAACCAGACGGAGCCACUUGCGCUGGCUCUGGCUCUCUGCCCGUGCCAAGCACGCUCUUGGCAGCAACAUCAACCACCGGCUCAGCAGCCAGGGUAGGCCUGCCACGUCGGGCACGUGCGUAUUUUAGUGGACCUGUGAAGUGGCGGAGAAUUCCACUGGAUCCCACGCAGUCCAGCGACUCUGACGUAGAACGUGCCAACACGGUACCUCCGAACUCUCCUGCUCCAAGGUGUUGUGGGCCGCUGCGCCAAAGCAGCACCCUGGAAGUCCAUGGUGACGUGGAACUUGGAUUUGUAGAUCAGGUCCACAUGGAGUGUGAGGUCGCCAGCAGUAUCCCGCCAGAGAACUCCUACUUCAUUGCAUCUGCAGGAUCCUCUGCAGGCUCCGCUGUAGGACCUGGACUAGACAGCGACUUUGGCGCAAGCGCAGGUGUGUCUCUGCGCAUCUUGUCUGCAGACAGUGAGGCUAUGGGAUGUGGACUGUGGGCGUCAGCGUUGGAGUGGGACUACUACGACCCCAGCUACAUCACACAGAACGAGCUGCCGCCUCCACGUACACACGCCCCCAGCAUAGCUCCCAAACAGUACUGGAUCUGACCCUUUGACCAGUACUGGCCUCGAAUUUCCACUGCGUUAAAAAUAGCAUCAGUAGUGUGUCACCAGAACACGUGCACCCACACAACACAUACACUACUGGAGGCUGGAGCAGGAAUCACUUGUCACUCACUAUGUUAAAUAUACUUCACUCACAUAAGUCUGGUUUUAUGUUUAUUUAUGGUUGUCGAUCACUGUAGUUCACUAUGUUCAUCACUGCUUACUACAGACGUUUUUGUGUGUCACUUGACAUCUGAUACAGUUCUCACUGUUAACCUUUUCCAUGUCACUUUUUGUGUAAGUUACAAUGUUCACUUUUCUAUUUAUACACCAUAUACUGCUGAAAUAAAUGUUGUAAUAAACUUCAUAAAUAUGUAGUCAUGUAAUUAAGAUUUUGUUUAUUUUCA